AUGAAUACGAUUGAUUUAGCAGCAAGUGACAGCGAAUCAACAUCUUCAAAAUCUAUAGAUAAUAACGAACAACCUAAACUUGAUGAAAAAUAUCAUGAUAAUAAAAUGAAUGCCAAAGACCAUAAUAAUGAGUGUGGAAAUGAUGUUACUCCACAAUUGAUCGAUGACAGUGAAGUAAAACUCAAGGAAAGGAUAGCGCAAUGCAGAGAUAUAAUAGAAUCAUUGAAAUUAGAAUUGAAAGAGGAAAAGGAGAAACAAAAUGCACUUAAAGUUUCCCCUGCUCAUUUUGAAUCCAUUUCCAAUAAUAGUCCCACAUUUUCUUUGACUUCUAAUAAUCAAGAACUGGAUGAUCUAGAAUUAUCAAAAAGCAUCUAUAGUACGUGCAUCGACAAUAAAAUGAACUAUGGAGUUAAUAUCAAUGAGUAUGAGAAACAACUUCAAAGAUAUCAACACACACUAAAAAUAGCUCAAACGGAAAAGAAAAACGCUAUUAGGAAGCAAAUGUUAACAAAAGCUUUUAAACUAAAACUUUUGGAAGUAGAAAAUCAGUGUAAUAUUGAACUAUUAAGAGUUAAGCAAAGCUUACAAUGCUUGGAGCCUUUACAGAUGAUUGCCAGUAAAUGGAAGUCUAGUUCCAAUGAUCUUUAUGAUACCAAUAAUUUUGAGCUUUUGCCGAGAUUUCCUGAAUUCGACCCUAAUUCAGGUUGCGAUUUUCACUCACUCAAAGACGAUAUCGCUAACAAUUUCGAUUCGGAACUUUUUGAAAAUGGUACGCAUACCUUAAAUAGAAUUUGA